UAUUAUUUAUGAAACGUUUUUUUCAUAUAAAUACCAUCAAGUAUGUCAAUAAAUCUAUUAAAACAUAUUAUCACAAAAAGUUGUAUAAGAAGCGGAAUAUAUAAUAUAAAACACAUGAGUACGGUAAAUAAUGAAAAGCUUAUUAAAGUAAUUUUUAACAAAGCCAAUGGCGACAAAAUUACUGCUGAAGGCAAAAAAGGAGAUUCUUUGUUGGAUGUCAUAAUCAAUAAUAACUUAGAUUUUGAUGGAUAUGGAGCAUGUGAAGGUACAUUAACAUGUUCUACAUGCCAUGUGAUUUUAAAUUCUAAGGAUUAUGAUUCAUUACCUGAUAAACCCUCGGACGAAGAACUAGAUAUGUUAGAUUUAGCAUAUAACUUAACUGAUACAUCUCGAUUAGGAUGUCAAAUAAUUUUAGAAGAAAAGUUGGAUGGCUUAGAAGUCAACGUACCAGCUACAGUUAAUGAUGCUAGGUAUAAUUAAAAAGUAUAUUAAAAAAAAUAAAUAUUUUUUCUUAUUUACAUUAACAUAUUAUUUAUAAACUUUAGUGAAAACUUAAGGGAGAGAGAGGACUUUAAAUGUUCAGAAGUUUUUUUUAAUUAAAAAUUAAUGCAUUUAUUGUUUCACUUUAUUUUUUUUAUAAUUUAAAUACUUAAAAAUAAUACAGUACUAAAAUAUACAAUAUAAAUUAUGUACAAGAACAUUAAAUGCCUAUGAACGAUAAUUUUAACCAAUGUUUAAUUUUAUAUAAUUCUUGUAAAUAACAAGAAUUUAUUAGUGUUGACCAAUUUGUUGUUAUAACCAUUUUUUUGUAUUUUUAUUUUAACUUGAGUAUACUAUAUAAUUCUUCUUUAAUCGGGCAGGGUACAUAUAAUACUCUUUAUAGUUUAUAGAACAAAUAUUCACUUUGGUAUACCUCCCAUAGUUAUGCUCAACAUUAUUUACUUUCAUUUUAAGUUAGUUUCUUAUUCUAUUGUAUACUUGUGUAAGAUAAUAAGAUUGUAUUAUUAUAUUUAUAAUAACUAAUAACUGAAAAAGAAUAUAUCAAAAUAAUUUAUCAAGG